AUGCGAUAUGCGGUUGCUCCAAGGAUACGAAGGGCCUUAGCCAGGGGCGAACUGCCCUUCAAGUUGUCGGCGUCCAAUUUCCGGGCAUAUCACUCGUCUCCACAGGGAAGGCAGUCAAUUCUAGAACCGCGACUGGAAGAUCAUGGCCGUGUUAUCCGCGACGAAUACUCCUUGAUUCGAGACAAAUAUGAUGCGCCGAAGUACCCUAUUGUUCUCGCCCACGGCCUCCUUGGGUUUGAUGAAUUGCGGUUGGCUGGGCGUUAUCUUCCCGGCGUCCAGUAUUGGCGUGGGAUCAAAGAGGCGCUCACUGCUCAGGGUGUGGAAGUCAUCACGGCAUCGGUGCCUCCUUCUGCGUCGAUCGAAGCGCGUGCCGAGAUGUUGGCCCGUGAUAUCGAAGCGGGGGCUAAAGGCAAAGAUGUCAACAUUAUUGCACAUAGCAUGGGGGGACUCGAUUCUCGAUACAUGAUCAGUAAACUUAAACUGGAGAAGUUCAAGGUCCUGUCCUUGACGACAAUUGCCAGUCCCCAUCGAGGCUCUGCGGUUGCAGACUACGUUUUCGAACAGAUUGGAUCCGACCGCCUCCCACAGAUCUAUUACACCUUGAACCGGCUCAAAUUUGAAACGGGUGCUUUCGAACAGCUGACAAGAAAGUACAUGCGUGAUAUCUUCAACCCCAACACUCCGGACAGAGAUGAUGUGAGAUACUUCUCAUACGGCGCAGCAGUUGAACCCAGUAUUUGGUCUGUGUUUCGCCUUCCGCACAAGAUCCUAGCCGAAGCUGAAGGGCCGAAUGAUGGCCUUGUUAGUGUAGCAAGCAGUCGCUGGGGAGGUGAUUCUGGCUAUAAAGGAACGCUGGCUGGGGUGAGCCACCUGGACCUGAUCAACUGGACCAAUCGACUGAAAUGGCUAGCGGGGGACAUCAUGGGCCAUCCUCGAAAGUUCAAUGCGAUUGCUUUCUACCUUGACAUUGCAGAUAUGCUGUCUAAAGAAGGAUUGUAA